UUUCUAUAGGGUGGUUGUUGUUCCAUCACGGGCACCGGACGGCUCGUGAUUGACCGGUUUCUCCACCGAACUGUCAACCAGCCGCGCGCUGGCGCCUCCCCUUCCCCAUAUAAGUGUCCGGAAUCUAUUCAUUCUUCACGCUGUGCUCGGUGGAGUAGAACCGACUGGUCCACGGGAUGUUGACAGAAUAAAAUCAUACUACUUUUGAAACAUUUUUUUUUGUCGACCGUUUUCUUUUUUGGUGGGGGGGGCAGUUUUGGCUUUUACGUCGGUCAUACCCAUCUUCAUCUCCUACACAUAAUCUCCGGUAUUUGGUACCAGUGUGAUUGUUUUCUCUCAAAACCCCCCCUCCUCCGCCGUACCGGCUGCGUUAUUACCCCCAAAAAAUGAAGGCUAAUAAGGAUACCUCAAUCUGCAGCAGCAACGAGCUUUCUUUACACUACCUCUCGGAUCACAGCCUGAACAUCGCCCGGUCUCGGUUGCAGAGAGAAGAAGAAGAGCAGCUGUGUCUGCAGGACGAUAUGAACCACUGUUACAGUCGUCUCAAGCGUCUCGUACCCACCAUACCGCAGGAUAAGAAAGUCAGCAAAGUGGAGAUCCUUCAGCACGUCAUAGAUUACAUCUUGGACCUGCAGCUGGCGCUGGAGACGCACCCUUCUCUCCUGAAACAACAGACGGGGACGUGCCCGCAGUCCCCCGCCUCUAACCGGACACCGCUAACGGUUCUCAACACGGACCGCCAGAGGACGUCAACAGGCCAGAAGGAGGACUCCGUUUUGUGCCGCUGAUUAAAUGGUGUGCAGAGCGGUUUCGGUGAGCAGAGCAGAGCUGAGAGCAGAGCAGGGGAGAGCUGCUCCAGUCCACAGCCAGCAGCCAGGGAAUCUCAGCCAGCCACACAAAGCUUUAUCACACAGGGGAAUCCCCCCUUCCCCCUGCUGGAGAAACUACUACUGGCAAAUAAAAACCUAUUUAUAACACAUUUAUUAGAAACAAACUAAAGCCUGCUAUGUUCAACUGGCCCAUAACUUCCCAUCCCUUAACUUUAUAUGUCAAAUACUAUUACAAUUGUAAAAGGGUGGAUGAAGAAUCCCUUGUUGUGAGGUCUUGCUAGAAACUAGAGCUUGUUGAACAGCAAAUAACAGUUUAUAUAAAAUGUGACAAAUACCGGUUUAUAAAAUAAAAUAAAAUAACAAAAAAAAACUACAGUGUGGAACUUUACUAAAACAGGAAAAUAAUUGUACAUGUUUUGACGUCUAUUGUUUCAAAUAGAUGAUUUGUGUUGAACGGGGUAUUUUUUUCGCUGAGAUAAACAUGUUUCAUAUUGUAAAGAGGAACAAAUGACUGGAGACAAUUCAGAGAUUGUCUGUGUAGAAACAGAUGCUCUAUGUGGAAGAAAAUAUCUAUUAUGCUCAAAUAGACUAUUGUAAUUAUAAGAUAUUUUUUAUUAAAAACCUUUUUGACAUGUAAAUAAUGUGUUUUUUGACUUGGAAGUGGAUGAAAUAUUAAUACUUGUCACGUACCUGACCAGCAGAGGGCGUAAUUGUGUUAGUUUUGGUCAGGAUGUGGCAGGGGGUUUGUGUGUGUUAAACGUUGUGUGGGUGAUUGGACUCCCAAUUGAAGGCAGGUGUGUUGAGUUGCCUUUG